AUGAAUGGCGGCGGGAAGAAUUUCUGCGUGGCGCUGUUCAUCUUGUUCAUGCUCUUCAUCGUGUACCACGUCACAACCACAUUCCAUCGACCCACUAUCCCCGCCACGCCAGCAGAACUGCUCAAUUCGGUAGAGGGCAACCCUGCCACGAUCGAUGAGGAUUACAGCGAUAUCGAUGUGCGAGACGACGAGGAAGAGGAACAGGAAGAGGAACUCUCGGACGAAGUCACCGUCGACGUGCGAUUCAUCGAGAUCGAAGAUCUGCGCACCUGGAAGCACUACGAGAGCAUCGAGAUCAUCCGCAACUCGCCGUGGUGGAUUCCCGCCACGCCGUGGCUCGCCAACGUGCCCCAGGGCUACAGCGACCUCUACAAUCCCAUCGUCAUGCACAAGCUUCUGUGGCUGCGCGAUCUCUCUGUGCUCAACCCGUUCAAGACCAAGUACUUCGUGUGGCUCGACUCGGGCGGCAUCUGCACGCCCCGCAUCAACCCCGACUAUGGCAUGUCCAUUCCCGACUUCAAGACCAAAGUCAAGCACUACUUGGACCGAUUCUUCAUGGCGGUUACGCCCUACGCGAUGAGCCACGAGCUCCACGGCUGCUACCGCGAGGCCAUGCAGAAGCUCACCUUUGACCAACCGCCCUGCUUCAUCACCAAGGGCUGGACGAUGGGUGGACAAAGGAAGUCCCUCGAGAAGGUGUCCGCCCUCUACGAGUACAUCUUGAACAAGACGCUCGACCUUGGCUGUUUGGGCACAGAGGAGACGCUCCUCACCAUGGCCUACUACCGCCGGCCCGAUCUCUUCCACGUCCACCACAACCUCGAGGACCGAUCCCUCCCCUUCGGCCCCGGCGGUGACGUGUGCCACGUCAUCUGGCCCGGCAUGCCUCCCCAGGGUCCUCCGGAGACUCUCGCAGAGAAGUUUGAGUUGGUAUCGUAG